GUGUCUGUAAUUACCGGUAUUUUAAUGAAGGCAGAAUCUCUGGCUGUGCUGAGCUCUGGCACUAGUGGAGAUUCUGACAAAACCUGGACUGUUGGUGGUACGUGAAGGCAGAUUUGAGAACCACUGCAUUAACACGGGUGAUGUUUUGAAACACAAUUAAGGAGCCAUGACUGUGUUCACUACUGAGGAAGUACAACAGCUGCUUCACAACAAGUUUGUGGUGAUUUUGGGAGACUCCAUUCAAAGGUCCGUGUACAAAGAUCUGGUGACCUUUCUGCAGCAUGAGAAGUAUCUCACCGAGUCGCAGCUAAAACGCAAGGGCGAGAUGACCUUUGAAAAUGAUGCAUUGAUAGAAGGGGGUAAUUUGAAUGAGAUGCACAAUGGUGUAGACUACCGGGAAGUUCGUCAAUACCGCACAGGGCACCAUCUUGUACGUUUCUACUUCUUAACUCGGGUUUACUCAACAUACUUGGAGAGCAUCCUGUCUGACUUUAAGGCUGGACCUCAGCCGGAUGUGGUCAUUAUUAACUCCUGCUUCUGGGAUCUCACCAGGUACAACUUUGCACAGAUGGAAGACUAUAAGUCCAAUCUACAGAUGCUCUUCUGUCGGCUGAAUGAAGUUCUGAGUCCAGAGUGUCUCAUCCUGUGGAAUAUGACCAUGCCUGUGGGAUAUAAAGCCAAUGAUAUACCAGAGGUGAUGUAUGGGAAGCAUAAUCUGAGGUGGGAUGUUGUUGAAGGCAACUUCUACAGUGCCAGCCUGGCCAAUUUUCACCAGAUCGACGUACUGGACAUGCACUAUCAUUUCCGGCUUGACCUGCCGUCGCGAUGCAGAGACGCCAUUCACUGGAACCAGCUAGCACAUCGUAAAUACACCCAGAUUCUGCUCUCUCACAUUGCACACGCCUGGGGGGUGGAGAUUUCCACGAAGAAACACAUUGCAGGUUACAACAACCAGACUGUCCCAGCUCGUGUGGUCAAAUGGCGAGGAAACCAUGCGUGUCCUUUCAGGCAGCAUCAAAUCCAGGAGAUGCAGCACCCAUGGGAAGCACCUUGCCCAAGCUAUCAGGAUUUUGGAGGAGGAUCGAAUUACUUUGAAUGUGAAAACGGCCCCCAGUCAGGAGUAUUUCACCCUGGAUAUGCCGGUUUUGAAGAUCAGCUGAGUGAUGCUCAUUAUUCCUUUAUUUCCGAUAAUGUCCUGCUCAAUGGCAGAGCGAUGCCUGGAUACCUAAGGUUUGAUGGGGAAAGUCGUGAUGGACCUGGUUCUAAUGGAAGGAAUCAUCCCUUUAAUGCAGUUGACAUGUCCAUGAAUGGAACUCCUCACCAACACUUGCCCCAUGUGAAUUUCGGCAGCUUUCCAGAGCACAGGCCGCAGCCUCCUGGAUUUAGAGACCAACAUAGAUUUGCAAUGAAGCAACAUUUUAGGCCAAGAUCUGGCUGGCUUCAUCCCUAUCACCGUCCACCACCUCAACCAGCAAGGAACUACUGAGUCCCACCUAAAUCUGCUGUAUACGAGAACGUAUCGAUGUGUUGCUAUGCACACUGGUACGUUACAACGGGCACUUUAACAUUGCUAUUCUUGUCCUACCUCCGGUCACCGUCAUGGCCUUUAACACUUUUGCCAUAUUUAUUAGGCACUUUCUAAGUCACUGUUCUGAGUAUUUGGUUGUUUAUUUUUGAAAUCUAUCCUUCAUAUUAUUAGUUGUCAGAAUUACAGAAAAAAAUAAAUUAAAGAGAUUCUUUCUGAAGCUAAUCUGUUUAUAAAUGUUCCUUUUCUCCCAGCUUGCCUAAGAAGCAUGAUUAAUGUCCUUCUUUGCAGGAUUUUUCACCAAGUUGUAUUUAGUUUUUACUUGUGGAUAGUAUUAUGUUGUGUACCCCUUGACAAUUAAGCUGCUAAUUAGGGGGCGCAAACAAAUGUCUGUGUUUUUGCUUUUGUGUUUGUUUACGUUUGUUACAUUUUAAAUGUUUUGCACAUUAAGUCUCUGGUUUAUUGGCCAGUUUGAAGAUCCUGUGAUUGGCAGGAUUCUAGUAAUGUUAUUUAAUUGAAGCUGCAAUGUUUGCGGUCUAUUAUGUUACGUGUUAUAGUUAAUUAAUGAUGCCUCCAAUUACUGUCCGUGUUCUGUAUAUAAUACUCACACGCAGUUGGAGCUGUUUGAUUUUGUUUUGGGUUUUUUCUGUAAAGACUUAUUUUCGUGUUCAAUUUAUACUGAAAAUGUUUGCAAUAAAACCAGUCAACGUGUAUCA